AGGUGUGGAAGCAGCUGAGGACUUCAACAGUGUUGGAUUGUGAAGCUGCCCAAACAUUUGGCGCUGUCUGUGGGAAACCUGAACAAGAAGUCGUGCAGCUUAACCUGCUAAAAGACAAAAUGGUUCGAACCUUUACAGGAGGUCGCCCCCCAAGAAAUGAAAUGGACAAACAGGAAGGCACUCAAGUAUCCGAGCCCGGCUUGAAUGAUUUUAGGCCAAUGCCAAGAAACCUCUUCGUCGGGGGAGCCGAACAGGAGCACCUAAGUGAAACAGAUGAUGAACGAACACCAACUGGGCAUGCAACCCAGCUUGAACAGUUCCAAGUUCCAACAGAAACAAGACAAAGACCUUUUAGACCACACAAUUCACAGCAUGAACGACUUGAAAGGUCAACAGAACCUGCUCGGACAACCGAGCUUGAAGAGAGAACCAGAGUUCUCGAAAUGGCGAUGGGUAAAAUCCUCGCCCGCCUAAUCCCUGACGACCCCUUGAUUCCUUUGUUGAACAGGGAUGCACAACCAGCCGCGGUUGUUGCGACUCGAAACUCCCCCACUCUGAGUAACAUAAUAGUACCGACCAGGCCAAGGGGAAGUGGGAAGCUGAAUAUCGAGCCCAGCUCGUCCAAACACAGUGAAGAACUGAUGAGAAAGAACGCAGACCUUGAGAGACAGCUACAGGAUGUGCAAAAGUCUAUUGACGAGCUGAAAAGUCCCAGGUCGUGUCAACAGACUCUGGAUUUAGAUAGUGCCCCGCUAAACUUAUCCAUCACAGCGGAGCCAUAUCAAGAGGGGUUCAAAAUCCCCCACUUAGAGACGUAUGACGGCUCGGGUGACCCGGAUGAACAUUUACACACUUAUCAGGCCAUCAUGAGAAUUCAAAAUGCUAACGACGCCAUGAUGUGCAAAGUGUUCCCGGCAACCCUGAAAUCAACAGCCAGAAGAUGGUACCAUAAAUUCCCCAGACACUCUAUAGAUUCCUACUCCCAGCUCGCCAAGCUGUUCUCCAACAGAUUUGCAAGCCAAAGGGAGAUUAAACGCACGGCGACCGAGCUGAUGCAAGUUCACCAGAAAGAGGGGGAAUCUUUGAGGGAUUACAUGCAGCGAUUUAACAAAGCUACUUUAGAUAUCGAUAACGUCCCUGAUACCAUCUGCUUGUCUGCCCUGCUGCACGGUCUGAAACGUGGUAGGUUCCUAGAUGACUUACUGGAAAAUCCACCAAAGACGUGGAACGAAGUCAAUGAAAGGUCUCAAAUUCUGGCACAAAUCCAACACUGGAUUAGAAGGCCCCCACCCCUGUUGCAUGAUUCUCCGAGGGCAGACAAAAGCAAGCAUUGUGACUACCAUCGUGUGUACGGUCACAAUACAGAAGACUGCCAACGCUUAAAGGACGAGCUAGAGUUCUUAGCUCGCAUUGGGAAAUUAGAGGGGUAUGUCCAGAAGCCUCACACCCAGCAAACAGCUCAAACCCACUUCCUGCAGGAGUAUGACCGACCUCAAGGGCAGAGGUACCAGCUCGGCAACACGCAGGACGUGUAUCAAGAUAAUCAAUACCUUUCCGAGCAGGGCAGAACAUACAGAGGCCGCCAAUUCAAUAGGCGAGGCCAGGGUCAGAGACCUGCCACCCAGAGCCAAAAGGACAGAAGAGGAGUAGGGUGUAUCGCAAUACCCCUGCCUUCUGGUACAAUCAAUAUGAUCUCUGGCGGUAUGCAUUCAGGGGGCCAAAGUGCCCGCGCCUGCAAGGCAUACGCCCGACAGGUAAUGACCGUCAAUAAAAAUCGGCCUUUGAAACGGCCAUUUGAGGAAGCAGAAUGGGAGGCUGCAGCUAUCACAUUCACCCCGGCAGAUUAUAAGCGAGCAAACGGAGAACCCGACGUUGUGAUGCCUCAUGCAGAUCCGUUUGUAGCAACGGUCCAUAUAGGCAAUCAUAACGUCAACAAGGUCUUUAUUGAUACGGGCAGCUCGCCAGAUAUCCUUUACUGGAGCUGCUUCCAAAAGAUGCAGUUGAACCCGAGCUCGCUGCAGAAAUAUGAGGGACCCAUCUACGGGUUCGAUAAUCAGCCCGUCCCGGUGGAAAGGGUCAUAACUUUACCCAUCUAUGUGGGCUCAGAACCGCGCUUCAGGAUGGCUUCAGUCAGCUUCCUGGUCGUCAAAAUGGAGUCAGCCUUCAACGCCAUAUUAGGAAGGGCUACUCUGUGCGAGCUGAAGGCUGUUAUUUCACAGCCCCAUCUCUGCAUGAAAUUCCCAACGCCUCAGGGAGUUGGGGUGCUAAAGGGGAAUCAAAGGAUGGCCAGGGCAUGUUAUCAGGAUACGUUUAAGAAGGUUGAGCUCGCUGUGGCUCCUAAAGGCUCUGAAAACAGUAGGCCAACUCAGCCCGGCCAACUGACAAUGAGCAUAGCUGACAUUGAACAUAGACUUGAGGGCGUCGAACAGAAGGCAGAACCAGUGGAGCCAAUAGAAACAGUCCCUUUAGACACUAACGUGCCAGAAAGGACAGUUAAGAUCGGUACCAAGCUCACAGAAGCAGAACGGGCAGAACUUCUGGAGUUCUUAAGGGCUAAUCAAGACGUAUUUGCGUGGGCUACAGAUGAAAUGCCCGGCAUUCCAGCAGAGUUGACAGUCCACAAACUCAGCACGGACCCCACCAAACGGCCAGUAGUUCAGAAACAUCGCCUUUUUGGCCCAGAAAAACAAGCUGCAAUAGACGAGGAGACACAAAAGCUGCUACAGGCAGGCUUCAUCAGGAGAGUGGAGUACUCUGAGUGGGUAUCUAACCCCGUGCUCGUCAAAAAGCCAAAUGGCAGGUGGAGGAUGUGUGUUGACUUCACCAACCUCAAUGAUGCAUGUCCAAAAGACCCUCAUCCCUUGCCAAAUGUGGAGAAGUUGGUAGAGCGAGCAGCCGGACACGAACGGAUGAGCUUCCUUGACGCUAGCUCAGGUUAUCAUCAGGUUCAGUUGCUGUUGGACUACCAGGAGAAAACAGCCUUCUACGCAGGUGACGCUAUUUAUUGCUAUGUGAUGAUGCCAUUCGGCCUGAAAAACGCUGGCGCUACAUAUCAGAAGCUGGUACAAAUUAUCUUUAAGCUUCAAAUCGGCAGAAACAUAAAAGUGUAUGUGGAUGACAUGAUAGUUACCAGCGUGCGAGUUGAAAACCACAUAGGCGACCUGAAAGAGACCUUUCAAAAUUUACGCCGAGCACAAAUGAAGCUGAACCCUAUGAAAUGCACGUUUGCUGUGGAAUCAGGGAAAUUCCUAGGAUACGUGGUAUCCAAGAAAGGAAUUGAAGUGAAUCCAGACAAGGUUCAGGCCGUUCAACAGAUAGAGCCUCCCAAGACUGUAAAAGAUGUACAGCGUCUGACAGGUCAUAUAGCUGCACUGCACAGGUUUAUAGCCAGGUCGGCUGAAAGGUGCCUCCCGUUCUUUAAAGCUUUGCGAGAGCCUAAAAACUUCCAGUGGACUGAUGAAUGUCAACAGGCGUUUGACGAGCUCAAACAGUACCUGGCAUCAGCACCCCUGCUAUCCAAACCCGCGGAAGGGGAGAGUUUAUGCAUGUACCUGGGGGUUACAGAAGAGGCAGUGAGCUCAGUUCUGCUCAGAGAAGAGAAUAAAAACCAGAAGCCCAUCUGUUAUGUGAGCAAGAAACCUGAACUCUCUGGUCGUCUUAUUGGAUGGAGUGUUGAGCUGAGUGAAUAUGACCUGAAAUUUCGGCCGUGCACAACCAUAAAAGGCCAGGCCGUUGCGGACUUUCUGGUGGAGUGCAUCUCAGCAAUUAAGGAAGAAAAAGUACCCGAACACCCAGUCUGGGUUUUGUAUGUUGAUGGAGCAACUAACAUUGAAGGGUCGGGCGCUGGGGCUGUGUUAUUGGGCCCAAAUGGCUUUAAGUCCGAGCACGCAUUGAGGUUUAAAUUUCAGACGACCAAUAACGCUGCAGAAUAUGAAGCCCUUAUUUACGGACUGAAGCUGGCGUCCGAGCUGAAAGUAUUGAAGUCAUUAUUUGCCCUUUUCCAAAUUGAUAAAAUACCGAGAGCAGAUAACCACCGAGCUGACGAGCUGUCAAAGUUGGCCUCCUCGCAGGACGUUAAUCCUCAGAGAUCAACAAUUGUCAAGGUACUCGAUGCACCAAGCUACACUGAUUUCGCAGUCGAGUGUCAACUGUUAAGCACAGAUCCCUCUACAUCGAGUUGGACCACCCCGCUCACAAAUUAUCUACAAAGUGGCGAGCUACCUGAAGACAUGUCCGCUGCAAAAGUGAUUAAACACAGGGCGACACAUUUCACUUUGAUAAAUAACCAGCUCUACAAACGAGCAGCCUCAAUGCCCCUAUUACGCUGCCUUACUCCUUAUGAAGCUAAAUACGCUGUGAGGGAAGUUCAUGAAGGAGUAUGCGGCACGCACAUCGGUGGCAAAACUUUAGCUCAGAAACUCCUGAGGCAUGGUUAUUACUGGCCCACUAUGGUUGAGGACGCGCAGGACUAUGUCAAAAAAUGUCCGACCUGCCAGUUCAAUGCUGAUGAUAUACACAUGCCAGUGGGGUGUCGACCUGCUCGGCCCUUUCAUCAAAGGUUCGGCAUACCUAAGCGGAUUAUCACCGAUAAUGGGCCACAGUUCCGAGCAGUAGCAUUGAGAUUGUUCUGCAACGACUAUGGCAUUGAGCUCUCCUUGACAUCUGUGUACACCCCGCGGUCAAACGGACAGGUCGAGUCUGCCAAUAAAAUCGUUUUCUCGGCCACGGGCGAAACCCCGUUUAGCCUGGUAUAUGGAGUAGAGGCCGUCAUCCCUGUCGAGGUCGGGCUGCCAUCUGCUAGAUCAGAUCGUCAUGACGAUCAAAUUAAUGGGCAACUCUUAAGAGAGAACCUAGACCUAGUGGAGGAAGUCAGGGAAAUGGCUCGAAUUAGAAACAUGGCACACCAAGGUAGUGUAGCAAGAUUCUACAAUAAAAGGGUCCGAGCUCGUCAGUUUCAGGUUGGCGAUCUGGUAUUACGUAAGGCUGGAUUAACUAACACAUAUUCCCACAUGGGCAAGCUCGCCCCUAAUUGGGAAGGUCCAUACAUGGUUGCUCAAGUUAGCCAACCUGGAUCUUAUAUAUUAGCAGAUAUGAACGGGCGCCAGUUACCGUUCACAUGGAACGUUCAGAACCUUAGAAAAUUUUACAGUUGAUUUGUGUUAUUGUGGAAAAUUUUACAGUUGAUUUGUGUUAUUGUGGAAAAUUUGAAUAAUGUAUGAGCAGUUAU